AUGCAAAGGUUUACACUAGUCACUCAUAGAUCGUUCUCCCACUCCUGUGUGAAGCCUAAAUCUGCAUGCUCUUUGGUCAAGCCGGUUCAUCACUUGGUGAAAAUUGAUAAAUCAAAGUUAUCCCCCAGAUUUCCGGAAUUGAAAUAUGAUAAGUGUGAUAUUAGGUCACCUGGAUUUAAACCAAAAGACACUCAUGCAGAUAGACUCAAUGACCAUUAUCUAAAUACUUUGCAAUCUGAUUUGCUGUUGAUUAAUUAUUCGCAUAACGCUACCGUGACAAAAGGCCUCAAACAGAGAGCGUGGAGUGGUAAUUCGCCAUACCACUUGAACAGACCACCAAAAAAUCCGCAAGGCUCGAAGGUCCAACUACCUGACAUUCAUCCUAUCAAAUGGAGCAACAUUCCUGGGUUGGAGAGUGUCGUAAUAAAUUGUUUUGUUAGGGAAGCGAGGGAAAAUCAGUUAUAUGCUAUCACUGCAGCUUUACAAUUACAACAAAUUACUGGAUGUAAACCCCAUCCAAUUUUCUCCAAAAACGAUGUUCCAACUUGGAAAUUGAGAAAGGGUCAUCAGAUGGGAGCCAAAGUUGAACUAAAGGGAAAAGAAAUGUCUCAGUUUUUAAGCACGUUGACCGAGAUUGUCUUACCAAGAAUAAGAGAAUACAAAGGUAUAAACAACCAAUCCGGGAACAGAUUUGGCGGGAUAAGUUUUGGUCUGACUCCUGAAGAUAUUAAAUUUUUUCCUGAAAUUGAUGCAAACCAGGACUCAUGGCCUAAAACGUUUGGUAUGCACAUAAAUGUAAACACCUCUGCUCAAUUAGAUUACCAGGCAAGAACUUUGUUGAGUGGAUUCCAGUUCCCAUUUUUCGGAGAGGAGAAAUAG